GGUGGACUGGCCUGCGGCGACAGGACUCGAUAAGGAGAUUGCGGAAGAGGCAGGUUCACGGGCCACACGUGCGAGCGCGGGUGAGGAGGAAAAGCGAGCGGGACAAGGAGUUUUGGAGAGAGGUCAGAGAGCACGGAGUUGUGGCUGUAGGUGUUGCCAUGGUAACGGGGGCCCGGAUGUGGCGACCUUAGGAUGCGACAGGCCUCUCGCGUGCCGCCAGAGUCCCGAAGCCUGUCUUUCCAGUAUCUCACUGGAAUGGGGUGGUGCUUUCCCACGUGGAGAGGAACUAGUUGCACAAGGGGGAGCAAAGCUUCCCCACGCACGGCGGGGUGAGCGAGGCACCUUGUAGGAGCGAACGGCCGCGGCACAUCCACGACCUCCCGGAAGUGGCAUAGUGGGCGCCUCGGUCACACGGCCCAUCGCCCACCCGGAAGCGGAAGGAAAGCUAGUGUGCCCCUUCCUCACUGCCCUCCAAAUCUUGCUGCAGCCAUUGCCGCAGCCGCUAUGCCGAAACGAAAGAAGCAGGACCAGCCGCCGCCGCAGCAGCAGCAGCAGCAUCUCGCACUGUCCGAGCGGGACGAGCCUGGAGACGAGGAGGAUGAGCGCCCCAUGGGUCAACCUUCUGUGAACUACUCCCCCGAGGGAAGGAGAGGAGAAAAAAACUAUGGGCCAACAGUUAAGGACCACCCAGCCUUCUGGGCCCUCCCCCCAUGGCUAACGGGAAGCCUGGUGAUCCCAAGUCAGCAUUCCACAGGGGUCCUCCAGGAUCAAGGGGACGGAUGAUUCCCCCACUGCUGAGUCUCCCGCCUCCUCCCCGGGGUAGAGGCUACAUUCGGGGAGGCCUCGGUCCUCGAUCUAGCCCGUAUGGUCGUGGUUGGUGGGGUAUCAAUACCGAACCUCCUUUUCCUGGGCCAGGCCAUGGGGGUCCCUCUAGGGAAAGCUUUUACAAAGAGGCGAGAAACCCACGAAGGCUCAGAAGCUGGUCUCUUGUCAAGAAUACUUACCCACCCAAGGACAGCCCCCAGAUGAUGGAAGACAAGUCUGACCGCCCUAUCUGCCGACACUUUUCUAAGAAGGGCCACUGUCGAUAUGAAGACCAUUGUGCCUUCUACCAUCCAGGCGUCAACGGACCUCCUCUGUGAGACUGUGCCUUCCCACCCAGGCUGGAAGGAGCCCUCUGACCUAGUGGCCAUGCACUCUCUGUGGCUCCAUCUUAGCUACUUGAAGGCUCUUCUGUCACCUUCAAGCACUGACACAUCCACCCCUUUCAUCAUCUCUCCUAUUUGAGGUCCAGAGCUGUGAUUGUCACUAGUGCACAGUGCACACUGUCUUCUGAUCCAGGCUGUAGAGACCUUCGGGACCCCAUCUUGCUACCUUCCACUGCCUCCUGGAUCUUCCCCUCUGCCAAAAGACUGCUCAACAGGAAACCUUUGGUGCUGUUUCUUGUGCAUUUGUCCACCUGUCCCUCAGUAUUGCCCUCAGUUCCCAAGAGCCCUGGAGCAGUCUCUUAUCCUUUAGCUGCUUGUUUUAAAUCCUUUCACGUAAAACCCCAGUGUUUGCAGCUGCCAGGAAGUGCACCAGGUUGUCUGGCCUUGAGGUCGAGUUUGAGUGACUGGUGCAGACUUGCUCCUUGAACGGCCUCUACCUGCUUUUGGACGUCCUAGUUUCUGUCCGUAGCAUGAACCCCACCGCUAAGGCCUGUGGUCACUGUGCUUUGUGAAACUGUACGCCCUUUGUAGCCUUCCUCGGUGUCCGUGGCGGGUUUUGUGUGUGUGUGUGUGUGUGUGUGUGUGUGUGUGUGUGUGUGUGACUUCCCAACACUAGAGUAAGUUUUUCUGCCAAAUCAAGUGAGGCUCUUGGUGCCCUCUGGAGUUUACCUACCUCCCAACACGGGAGGACGUGAGACUUCUUCAGACUGCCUCCCCAUCGUGCCCUCUCCUGGUGUCGGGCAUUCUGGGUCUGACAGGCCAGUGGUGUCUUGGAAAGCCUCAGGCAGGCCUCCCCAUACAGCUCCUGCCUGGCCCGUUUAGUUAGGCUCUGUCGUUGUGAGGCCACCGACCCUUUGGCUUGACUUUGUGAAACUCCACCCGUCUUUGGAUGGAACCUGAACAGUGCUGUCAUCUCUGACCCCCUUCCUUCCCCGGCCCUGCGUGUUUUCUGUGAAAACAGCAGUGAACGUGGUGGGUUUUGAACAGGCCCGACGGAAGUGGGUCAGGAGGUGUGUGCGCAAGAGGAGAGAGAGCUGUUGGAGAACUAAGAAUGAUUUUUUUUUUCUUUUUAACUUUUUUUUAUAUUAGUAAUAAACACAUUGGAAACCGGUA